AAGUAGAGGGACCUGCUCCAGUCUGUUGGAUGUCGGCUUCUUCCUUCUUUCUUCUCUUCCCCUUCAAAAGCUGCUUUCCGUUCCCUUUGCCUCCCUCCUUUCUAUUUUCUCUCUUUCUCCUUAAUUCUUUUUAUAUUAUUUCCUCUCUCCUCCAUGGAAAUACAUCUUUUCCUUCUUCCAAAUCACCAUUUUUGGACUAAAAUCCCUUCUUUCUAUCAAAAUCUUAACUUCAUUUUUUAAAAUCUUGGAUUUUUUUAUAUUUUUAUAUUGAAGCUUACAAUAUUUAAGGAAUUGGGUAUUUGUUAUUUUGUAUAUUUAAUGAACGUUGAAGUUAUUAUUACUUCAAUUUGAUUGGAAGCUGCCUACUCCUUGAUCUCUGGAGAAACAAUUAAUUUCUCUAAUUGGGUCUUUUUUGGGGUCAUAUUGGUGAAUUUUCAGCUGAAAUGUUUGAGUAAAUUGAGCUGAAAUUAGUGAUAAAUCCAAAUAAAGGAUUGAAGACAAUGCUGGGGUUGAUUGUUUGCUGUUUUAAGUUGUAUUGAAGAAGAAAAAGAUUGUUUUUUUUUUUGGAAUAAAUUAGUGGGUUUUUUACAAUCAUGAAAGCUCCUACUAAUGGUCUCAUGCCUAACUCUGGAGAAGGAAUUCAAGGAGUUAUCAUUUUCCAUGAAAAUGAGGGAAGGGCCAUUAAUUCAGAGUUGUGGCAUGCUUGUGCUGGACCACUGGUUGCUGUUCCUCCUGUUGGAAGUCUUGUGGUUUAUUUCCCACAAGGCCACAGUGAACAAGUAGCAGCCUCUAUGCAAAAGGAGACUGAUGGAAUCCCAAGCUAUCCAAAUCUUCCUUCCAAGUUGAUUUGCAUGCUCCAUAAUAUCACACUACAUGCUGAUCUAGAAACAGAUGAAGUGUAUGCACAGAUGACCCUACAACCUGUUAACAAAUAUGAUAGGGAAGCUUUACUCCAAUCUGAAUUAGCCCUUAAACAAAGUCGGCAGCCUGCGGAGUUUUUCUGCAAAACUCUUACAGCUAGUGACACAAGCACACACGGCGGAUUUUCUGUUCCUCGUCGAGCUGCUGAGAAGAUUUUUCCACCAUUGGAUUUUUCUAUGCAACCUCCUGCUCAAGAACUGGUGGCUAAAGAUUUACAUGGCCAAACAUGGACCUUCCGACAUAUUUAUCGAGGCCAACCAAAAAGACACUUGUUGACUACUGGAUGGAGUGUUUUCGUCAGCUCUAAGAGAUUGUUUGCCGGUGAUUCGGUCCUCUUCAUUAGAGAUGAGAAAUCACAACUUCUUCUAGGCAUACGGCGUGCAAACAGACAGCAACCCGCCCUUGCAUCAUCCGUUAUAUCCAGUGAUAGCAUGCAUAUUGGAAUUCUUGCUGCUGCAGCUCAUGCCGCUAAUAAUAACAGUCCAUUUACGAUAUUUUAUAAUCCAAGGGCUAGUCCAGCUGAGUUUGUAGUUCCGUUAGCGAAGUAUAAUAAAGCAAUGUACACCCAAGCUUCUCUUGGCAUGCGAUUCAGGAUGAUGUUCGAAACGGAGGAGUGUGGCGUACGUAGGUACAUGGGUACGAUAACCGGCAUAAGUGACCUUGAUCCUGUGCGAUGGAAAAAUUCUCAGUGGCGUAACCUUCAGGUUGGCUGGGAUGAAUCUACAGCCGGGGAACGGCCUAGUCGAGUUUCUAUUUGGGAUAUUGAGCCCGUUGUGACUCCAUUCUACAUAUGUCCUCCACCGUUUUUUAGACCCAAGUUCCCUAAACAGCCGGGGAUGCCUGAUGACGAUUCUGACAUGGAGAAUAUGUUCAAGCGGGGUAUGCCUUGGCUCGGUGAUGAUUUUGGCUUGAAAGACGUUCCUAACUCGAUAUUUCCUGGUUUGAGUCUAGUCCAGUGGAUGAGUAUGCAACAAAAUAAUCAAUUUCCUGGUACGCAAGCGGGAAUUUUCCCAUCCAUGCUUACAGCAUCUGCCUUGCACAGUAAUCUGGGUACAGAUGAUCCAUCUAAGCUGUUAAACUUUCAAUCGCCAUCCCUGUCUAUGCCAAACAUCCAGUUUAGCAAAGCCAUCCAACAAAACCAAAUGAGUCAGUUACAGCAGCCGCCUACUGCGUGGUCGCAACAGCAGCAACAGCAGUUACAGCAAUUGCUGCAGAAUCCUCUUAACUCGCAGCAGCAGACGCCACAGCCGCAGCAGCAACAACCCUUGCAACAACAGCUGCAGAAGCAACAAUUACAGCAGCAACAGAUGGCUCCUCAAAAGCAGCAAAUAACACAAUCAACAUUUGUAAAUAGCGGUCUUGUAUCUCCUAACCAGAAUUUAAGUCAGAAUUUGCCUCAGCCUCAAAUGUAUGGGCAGCUUCAUCACCAACAGAUGAUAGGAGGAAAUAAUCAGACGCCACCUAAUUUUCCAGUCAACAAAGACUCCGUACUAACAUCGUUACCCCCAGAUAUGCAGUUUCAGCAACAAACCGAACAGCAAACUAAUGUUUUUCAGAGACUUCAGCAACAGCAACAGCAGCAGCAGCAGCCGCAGCAACCGAUACAGUUGCAACCGCCUUCACAGCAGUUACUUCAAGAGAGCUUGUCACAAAGGCCAUCUGUCCUACAAAGCCUCUCGGAGCAUCAACUUCAACUUCAACUCCUGCAAAAAUUACAGCAGCCGCAGGCACAACAGCAACAACCACAGCCACAACAAAGUCAACAACAGCCUCAACAAUCACACCCAUUGUUGUCUCCUAUUAGUCCUCGAGUCCACCCUCAAGUAACGUCUCAACUUCAUGUUGCUCAGCAAAACCAAGUUUUACAGCAUCGUCCUUUGACUCAGUAUCCGCCACAAGUGGGUGUCAGCACUAUUUCCACUUCCCCGCUUAUGAAUUCUACUCCAAUAACAACGGUUCAGCAUCAGGGAAUGCAGAAAACAAGUGGGUUAGUAAGAUCUUUGUCUGGCCCGAUUGAUGGAGAUGCUCCAUCAUGUUCGACAUCACCUUCCACUAAUAAUUGCCAGAUUCCUAAUUCAAGCUUCUUAAACCGGAAUCAGCUUGGGCGGAACUUGUUAAUUGAUCAUUCAGUUGAACCCAACAGCAAUUUGGUGCAAGAUCUUCAAGAAAAGCCUGAUGUCAGGCUCAAGAAUGAGAUUCCCAGCUCAAAAGUAAUAGAACCUCCAAGAAUGAAUGGCAUAAUUGCUGAUCCAUUAGAAGCGUCCUCUUCUAUCACUUCAUUUGGCUUGGAUGCUAGUGGACUUCAACAGAAUCUAUCACUCCCUAGUUUUGGGUUGGAUGGUGAUGUGCAGUCCCACCCAAGGAAUAAUCUUCCUCUUUCAACUGGCAUGGAUGCUUUGACGCCCGAUACCUUGUUGUCUAGAGGUUUUGACUCGGGAAAGGAGCUCAAUAACUUGCUUUCUAAUUACAAUAGUACCCCCAGAGACAUUGAAACAGAAUUGUCAGCUGCUGCAAUGAGUUCCCAGUCAUUUGGGGUUCCGGAUAUGCCGUUCAAGUCAGGGUGUUCGAAUGAUGUCACAGCAAUUAAUGAUCCUGCAGUUUUAGGCGGUGGAAUAUGGCCAAACCAGACUCAACAACGUAUGAGGACAUAUACAAAGGUGCAAAAGCGAGGGUCAGUUGGUAGAUCCAUUGACGUUACCCGUUACAAGGGAUACGAUGAUCUCAGGCGUGACCUUGCUCGUAUGUUUGGUAUUGAAGGACAACUUGAAGAUCCUCAAAGAACAGAGUGGAAGCUGGUCUACGUUGAUCACGAAAAUGACAUUCUAUUAGUAGGAGAUGAUCCAUGGGAUGAGUUUGUGAAUUGUGUUCAAAGCAUAAAGAUACUAUCAUCUGUUGAGGUGCAGCAGAUGAGUUUGGAUGGAGAUCUAGGAAACGGACCGAUCCCUAACCAAGCUUCUAGUGGCACUGAUAGUGGCAAUGCAUGGAGAGGACACUAUGAUGACCACUCUGCUGCCUCAUUCAAUCGAUAGCGUUUUGUAUUCAGACAGUGCUCGGCUGCUUAAAUUUUAUAGAAGUGCAAACCACUAAUACCCGUUGAAUCGCUUGAUGAAGCUGAAGCACACAAUCAAAACGGAACGCGUGGAUUUUGGACUUACAACAUAUCUAUUCAUCAAUUCAAGGUACCAUAUACUUUGGGUAGACAGCUGGCUUAUAUAGCAAGAAUACGUCGAUGUAACUUAUAUUUUAUUUACGAACUCGAGUCUCCCUCUACAACCAUAAUGUAGAACCCAAAUCGAGCUAGAAGCGGGAUGUUAAACCGUGGGUCCUUUAGGUAAUAGAGCAUGGACCGGGUUUACUUUGUAACAGCCGAUUUGUUUUCAUGCAACCUAUCUGUAAAGCUAGUGUUGUGAUAGAUUGUACUUUGUGGUGCUGACUCCAUAUGUAAAAGGGGGUGGGCGAGUGAAUUUCAUGCCAUCUAUUGUAUCACUUGUGAUAUGACAAUGUAAAUGCUAUUUAUCUAGCACAUCUAGAUUUUGUUUAGUUAAAUGAAAGUUUUCACCUUAGUGUAUAAAAA